AUGGCAGCGAAUACGGCAAAGAAGAACGAGGACGUUGGCAAUAAGGUUGUUGGUGCGUUAGAUGCACUUACCUUGACGUCGGGACGAGAUGAGGGAGCAGGCAUGGACGUUGAUGUUGACAUGCAGGAGACUGUUGGCUCUGACUUUAUGGAUGCCCAUGCAGCCAGAGGAAAGAUGAAGGAGUAUUCGAUGCAACUGGCGACGUUGACGAGACAGAAGAUGCAGUUAGCCGCGCGCAUCCAAGGGUUGAGCCAAGAGGAGGGCGACCAGGAGCGACCAAAGUUGGCGGAACUAACACGUCAGAUCGCUGAGGCCAAGACCGCGAUGAACGAGUGGAAUGUCAUGCUGGAUGACCUAGAGAGUGCUGAGAGGUCCAUGGGGAGGACGGCAUUCUCUAGUGUUGUGACCAGAGAGGAGAAUGAGGAGUUGGGGGUUAAGAAGGGUGGAAAGAUUGACGAGAUCAAGUUGUCGAAUGAGUUUCCGCGUUACCAUCGGUUGGUCGAGGCUCAUCUGCUUCCUGUUCUUGACAUCAAGAUCCACGGUCCCUUGAUUACCAACGUCCGAGAGUUCCUGUACGAAUUCCAUAGAAUAGGAGUAACAAAGUUCACGACGGGCGGGUUCGAUGAGAGAUGUUCAAGGUUGUUGUGCUUGGCGAAUAUGGAUCGCAAAGCGUCUGAUGCCAUGAAUGCAGUCUUGAGUCGUGACCCUGAAGGAAAGUGGCCGUGGGCGAGAUGCGAGAAAGUGUUUGUGGAGAGUGCUAUGACGCAGACUGAGAGAACAGAUGAGGUUGAGAAGGUGAUCAAGAUGGGAUUAGAACGAGGUGAAUCGUACAAGCAGUACUACCAUCGGAUGAAGAGGUUGAUGGAUGUGUACCAAGUCAAGGACUUACCCAAGUUCGCUGAUUUCGCAUUGCAGGUCCUUGAGGGGAUGCUGGGUGUGGCACCUGAUGAAACAACCUUCGAGUCUUAUAUGGACAGUUUGCAGCAUAUGCAGGGACCCGCAGACAGUGAUGAGUGGGCACCGGUUAUUUUGGAGAGGAGACGAUUGACCGGGGCUGCAGAUAACGAAGCAGCGAGGCAGGCCCAGAGUUUAAAGGAUAAGCUCAUCAACCAGCAGAAGAGGGCAGCGGCAGCAGCAACGCUUGCGACGACAAGUGGAACGCGUGUCGGGGGGACUACUGGUGGUAGCAUCAACCAAGUUCCUACAGCGGGUGACAGUUCGGUCCAGAAGGGGAAUGCUGGAUUCGGCGGUCAACGUGGCGCCUUCGGUAAUGGUAGUGGUUCUGGUGCGCCUAGAGGUCGAGGAGGCAGUCAUGGUCGUGGAGGUUACAAGAGGAACUUCAACCGUGGACACCAUCCUUAUCCUGGCAGAGGAAACAGCAAUGGUGGAAACAAGCAGUGA